CCGUCGACUCGAAGUAAACGUUUGCCCCGUUUAUGUAAAGAGAGAUUAUUUUGAAACAUUGUUUUUACCAGCUAUGUUUUAUGUAACGAGUGUGUGUGUCUGUGUUUUGGUUGGUCUGGUCUCAACCCUUUCCUCUGCUGACACACUGACAGAAGCCACAGUCUACUGGGACCCUUUGCUCAAGAACGUUCGACUUGUAGAGGGGGUGCUGGAGAAGGAGGGGGAUGCCUAUGGGUACCUGAAUAAUACCUUGGCCAGCACAGGAUGGAGCAUCUUAGAGAUCCGCGCUGGGUAUGGGAAAACGCGUGAACCCGAUGAGGUUACUUUUUUCCUGGCCGGCUACCUGGAAGGCUUCCUCACUGCCCAGCAGAUGAUUGACCACUACACCAAUAUGUAUCCACAGUUGAUUGAUGACCCAAAAGUUCUGGAUGCAGUCAAGACUUUCAUGAAUAACCAGGACUCAUGGGCUAGAACACAAGUUAAACUGAACAAGAGUUCUGAUCCUUUGUGGAAACACACAGGCUUCAUCAUAGCCCAGAUGGACGGACUACAAGCUGGAGUUGCAGACUGGGCCAAGAAACAAGGCAAAAAGCCACUAUCCCAGUUUGCUGUCCAGUUCCUGAAUGCAGUGGGAGACCUGUUGGAUCUGAUCCCAGCCUUGGUCCCUGACUCCAAGUCCUCUUACAGAAAAAUUAUACUUCCAGGGAUGGGACACUGUUCUGCACUAAUCAAGAUGUUGCCUGGCUUUGAGAACCUUCUGUUUGGCCACUCCAGCUGGUACACAUAUGCAGCCACAAUGCGGCUCUACAAACACUGGGAUUUCUACAUCACUGAGUCUUACACAGCCACUGGAAAACUGUCCUUCAGCAGCUACCCCGGCUUCUUGUCUUCUCUGGAUGACUUCUUCCUCUUGGGCAGUGGACUGAUGAUGACCCAGACCACCAACAGUAUCUUUAACUCCUCCCUUUUCGCUGACAUCACCCCCAACAGCCUGCUGGCUUGGCAGAGAGUCCGGCUGGCUCACAGUUUAGCGCAUACUGGAGAAGAGUGGGCCAAAAUCUUCUCCACGCACAACUCUGGAACAUAUAACAACCAGUACAUGGUGUUGGACAGGAACAAGGUGAAGCUCGGACACAGUGUUGAUGACGGCGCUCUGACCGUGGUGGAGCAGAUCCCUGGUCUGGUGGAGUACUCGGACCAGACACAGGCUUUACGCAGAGGUUACUGGCCAUCCUACAACAUUCCUUUCCACCGGAACAUCUACAUUUUGAGUGGUUACAGGGAAAAGUGGACAGAGUAUGGAGAUGACUACUCCUAUGACCUUUGUCCCAGAGCCAAGAUUUUCCGUCGGGAUCAGGGAGAUGUCAAAGACCUGGACUCCUUGAAGCAUAUCAUGAGGUUUAAUGACUACAAAAAGGAUCCGUACUCCAAAGGCGACCCCUGUAAGACUAUCUGCUGCCGUAACGACCUGAGGCCAGAGAAACCUUCACCAGACGGUUGCUAUGACACCAAGGUGGCAGAUUUCCACAUGGCCAGCGAGUUCCGUGCGGAGGCGGUAAAUGGACCAACAACACAGGAUGGCCUCCCACCGUUUUCCUGGGAGAGGUUCAGUAGCAUCGUACAUCAGGGUCUGCCCCCGUACUACAACUUCACCUUCAUCGGCAUGCAUCCUCUUCUCUUUGUGCCGUGAUGCCUGUCCACAGAACGAUGAGUUUAGAUUAAUUGGAAAUUUUUUAUAAAUGUUUAUCUUUGUAGGAUGGACUUUCUAUUUUUAAAGAUUUGUUUUGCAUUCAUUUAAUUGGUAAAAAUGCCACAGCCAAUGUGAUUAUACAUUUAACAAAUAUCUCAGGGUGAAAUGAGCAAUUUAGAAUUUAGGAUCUUUUUUAUGACCUGGAGCCAGUUUUGCCUUCAUCAAAAGAAUAACUUUAUGAUUAUGUCCAAUAUGACCCAGUGCACUAAAUCAGUGUUUGUAUUCUACUGUAAUUACUUCAUUUUUUUUUCCAGGUUUGUUGAGUUUCGAAAGAGUUGAAUGUCUCCAAACAUGCAUAAUCAUUUUAAUGAACCAAUUAUUGUCAUGG